CGGCCGGAUGUGGAUCAGCAGCAGCGUGGUUAAAGGAGAGCUGCGCGUUUGUCUCCGUGUAUGUCGCGUCUGAAGCUUCGAGCGGCUUAAAAUGAGUGAAAGCGGCGCAGAAGCGGCUCCUGCUGCGGCCAAAGAGCUGCUGGCGCUGAAUCCCGCGCAGGAGUCCGAGUUCAGGAAGAAGGUUCAGGAGGUGAAGAAGAAGAAGAAGUCAGGCCAGGGCAACCGUCUGACCCCAGGAGUGGUUUACGUCGGCCACCUGCCCAGGGACCUGGUGGAGCCGCAGCUCAAAUCCUACUUCGGGCAGUUUGGGAAGAUCCUGCGGCUGCGGCUGUCCCGGAGUAAGAAGACCGGUAACAGCAAAGGCUACGCCUUCAUCGAGUUUGACUGCGACGAGGUGGCGAAGAUCGUUGCAGAGACGAUGAAUAAUUACCUGAUGGGGGAGAGACUCAUCAAAUGUCAGGUGAUGCCUCCUGAGAAGGUGCACGAGAAGCUGUUCGUCGGCUCGGAGAGGGCGUUCAAAAAGCCGUCGUAUCCCGCGGUAACGCGUUACAACAAGAAGCGCACGGAGGAGGAAAUCGCCAAGAUGACCGGAAAGCUGCUGCGCAAAGAGUCGAAGCUCCGGAAGAGGCUCGCCGCGUACGGCAUCGAAUACGACUUCCCCGGAUUCGCUGCUCAGGUUCCUAAGAAGAAGUCGUGCUCUGACGCCGGGAACGCGUCUUCGUGCACUGAUGACAGCACACCCGUCUGCACGCCCUCGUUCCUGGAGAAGAGGAAGUCCACGGCGGCAGACAAUGAUGCCGAUGAUGAAAUCAUCAUCAAGAUGCCAGCUGUAGACAAUAAUGAAGAGUCCUCGGAGGAGGAAGAUGAUGAUGAUGAUGAUGAUGAUGAUGAUGAUGAAGAAGAGGAGGAAGAGGAAGAGGAAGAAGAAGAAGAAGAGGAGGAGGAGGAUGAUGAUGAUGAUGAUGAGGAGAGCGGGGAAGGCUCUGAGGAGGAAGCGGAGGCUUAGUGAAAGUCCUGAGGUUGUUGCGGACUCUGUGAGCAGAGAAACAAACGUCAGGAUCAUGAACUGAAUCGUUCCACUUUAACGGGGGGGGGACGUGUUUGUGUGACGGACGCUGCUGAGGGAUCACGGCGAGCUGCAGCCGCGCGCCGCCGACACGAGGCUGCGUCUGAUUUUUGCCUCGUCUAAAAACGUGUAAAAUUUUUACCAUGUAAACUAAAAUCUUUAAUAAAUGUAAAUAUGGCAGAAAAAGCAGGCAGGUAGCUCUCACCUGCAUCACUUCACGUUUCAACCACAGACUGUAUGUAAAAGAUGACGUCACAUGUGUGAGGAUACCAGUAACAAAGUCUGGGAGGUUCUUUUUUUUGUGUGUGUGUGUGUGAGUGGUGAAUAUGCUGCAGCAUAUUCAGACUGCUGAUAAAGUCCUGAUCAGCGCUUCAGUGAGUUUAUUAAAUAUUUUCCCUAAUAAAGUUUCUAUAAUAACCAGUGGGUGGAUGCUUUAUUG